AUGGAUUCUUCUACUAAAACAUACUCACCUCGUGCUUCAACAGAGUUAUAUCUGCCUCUUGCUAUUGUCCCAUUGCAAGAUGCUAUUGCAAUGCCAGCGUCACCCAGUCAUGGCUCCAUGACUGAUGGCAUUCCACUGCCAAGUGUCAAACAGCCAUCCCCGAACCCACCAAGCAACUGUAUCAUAAUCAUACAGAACAACUAUAUUGCGGAGGGGGGAACCAUCAAUAUAUACUCAAGUCACUACAAUGGUUCCACUACCACCAAGUUAGAAUGUGUUACCACAAUUGCAGAGCCUACGCCCUUCAAGCCUCGAUCAGAAAUGCAGGCAGAACCCGCAGAGCACAGUCAUGAAAGCAUAGUAUUGAGCAGCAACAUGUUUGGCGAGUGUGUCAUGAUAAACGUAGGAUCGCCAAAUUGCACUGGAGCUGGUAGGUCUUUUAGUUCAUUCAAAAGAGACUUGGCUUACAGUUGAUUAAACAAAUUGUUCUUGUGUCUUAAAUUGACCUCGACGUCUAGC